AUGGCAAACAGUACCUACUAAAUUUUCACCUUUGUUGGCUGGUGUUAGUUGAAGAUACUUUAUUGGUAAGCAACAAAAUGUCCAACAAAUUGUUGAAGAAUGAUAUCACCAAAAACAUUGAGCAAAAUGACGGACUAAUUAAUAAACCUCACCGGGAAGAUCCGAACGAUGAAGUUUUUUUAUUCCAUUUUAGAAUACACAGUAAAAAUAUCGAUUUACCACAAAUAUUCGGAGAUGUAAAAUUCGUGUGUAUGUGUGGAACAGCACACAGGGCGAAGAAAUUUGCCGAAAUAAUCAGACAAGAUGUGUAUUCGACGUCGUUCAAUAAGUCUAAGGAAUUAUUGGAUUUGGCGCAAUUUGGACAUCGAUACAGCAUGUUCAAAGUUGGAAAUGUGCUCUGUGUUAAUCAUGGCAUGGGCUUUGCUUCAGUUAACAUAGUACUACACGAAAUUAUCAAAUUGCUGCAACACGCUGGUGUCAAGGAUCCAGAAUUUUUUAGAAUUGGUAGUUGUGCAGGUAGAGGAAUACCUGAAGGUACGGUCUUGAUAUCGGAAAAAAUCGUAAAUGAAUUUUUUGAAGAACAAUAUGAAAUGAUUGUUUUAGGACAACGAAUGAAACUUCCCGCCAAAUGGAACCAAAACUUGGUCAAAAAUUUUAAAAAUAUCUCCGCAACGAAAUACUCAAACAUGAAAGUAUCCAGUGGCACGACAAUGAGUGCUGAACAUUUUUACGAAAGUUCAGCCAGCACAAAAGGAUCGUUUUGUUUGAAAAAUGAAGAUGAGAGAAAUGAGUAUAAUAAUAUGAUGAGUAAGCACGGAAUUUUAGGAUGGGACAUGGAAGCAAUUGCAGUAGCAGCAAUUACAAAUCACGUAGGAAUCAAAUCAGCGUCUCUGUUUGUAACUGGGUCUCCUCAUCCGGAGAAGGUUCCAGAUGAAAUUCGCGCCGAAUGGGAAAUUAGACCUUUUAAAAUAAUCGUCGAAUAUAUAAAAAAUAAACUACAAAACACGAUCAUCGAAUAAUAAAAGUUAAUUUUGCACUUUGA